UGUGGAAGAAGUGGGGUCUGAAUCGGUCUGAAUACUUUCCGAAUGAAUGGAUGGUGCUAGCAUUCCUUAUACCUCUCCACCCCAGUAGAGAGCAGCUGUGUGACUUUUUGGCAAAUCCACAAUCUCCAGUCAAAACAAGAAGAAGAAUCCAUUCUAACCGAUUCCAACGCUAUCUUUCGCUAGCUACCCAGACCUCCCCAUUUGUUUGCAACUUAAUUGCUGGCUGGAGGUAUAACUGAAGGUUUCAUUCAUUUAAUGUCGGGUUCGUUUUGCCAAAAUGCAUAACGUCAGGAUUUCCAUUCCAUCGUUCCGCUCAGAGGACAAUCCGAUGGAGAAAGGGUACACGGUCUUUAAAAUCGAGGUGCUAAUGAAUGGCAGACAGCAUACAGUAGAAAAACGCUACAGUGAAUUCCAUAACCUGCAUAAAAUGCUAAAGAAAAGCUUAAAGCCACCUGAGCUUCCCUCUAAACACGUACGCAACUGGGUUCCCAAAGUUCUGGAGCAGAGAAGACAUGGUCUGGAACUCUACCUACAGACUGUAAUUAUGGAGAAUGAAGUGCUUCCAAAGAUAUUUCUGGAUUUCCUCAACAUCCACCACUUUCCGUCGUUACCAAAAACAGAAAGUUGUGGGUCAUUUGAAAUGGAAGCUGAAGAGUCCAGUAAACUGAACCAUCAGCCAACCAUGCUCUACCAGCGAGACCCCUACCUGCUUCCACCAAAACACGAUUCAUUUUCCAAUGUUGUCAUAGAAGGUGUGAUACAUGGAAUAUUCUACCCAGACCUUCAGCCAAGGUAGAGCCCCGGUAUGCCAGGUUGGAGGACCCUAGUACUAACUCAUCAAGACACUGGGAUCAUUUAAAAGAAAUACAGCUUGUAAGAGUCUCAAUUUUGUAAACAUUAUUUGAUUAGAGCUCCCGGGUGUCGCAGAGGUCUGCUGAGGUGUCCACCACAGGCUUGUUUUGCUCCUUGACUGUGCCUCUUGUGCGUGGCUGGGAGUCCCAAGGUGCACUGCAUAUUAGCCGGCACCGCCUGGGGUGGGGGGAGACAUCAUCAGCUGUCUUUUUUUUCUCUUUUUUUUUUUUACUUGCAUGUCAAGGAGUAUGAUCCACUGAUCUGACCAACUUCUCAGUUGGAUGAGCUAUGCGGGAAGAGUCAUUCCUCCAACACACAUUGGAGUCUCUGGGUCCCGUUGUGAGUUGCUGCCAAGGUGGUAGCUACAAUUGGAUACCACAAAAUUGAGAAGGGGGUAUAAACAUUAACAAUUGUUUGUGUGGAUAUAAUAUUUUUUCUAUUCAUAGUAUUUUUGUAGUUAGUUUGUCAGUGUGGAUUAAUACAGUAUCUUGGGCAAAAGCCUCAAAGAAAUGCCUUUUCUGAAGUAUUGCUAGAUGAACGCUACACUAUCAUGAUGUUAUGACAUUUCAGCUAAGACCUAUUGAUUCACCAUAACAUUCAGGCUGUAUGCAACUACUAAUUGUCUAAUACUAAAGCUAAGGGAAGACCCCUAGCCAUGUUAUACAGGGUCAAACACUAACGAUCAAACACAUCAAACAGGUGAUACAAAAUGUGAACUCUAAUAAGGGAAGCUGAAAUUGUAUGGUGUCAGUGUAAUAACAUGUCUAUUGUUUGUCUGCCUUAUCACAACUUUUAAGUGUUUCUUUGUUUGAAAGAAACAAUGUAUUGUUGUAAAUCUACAACAAAUAGCCCUUUACAUGCCAUUGAGUUUUGAUCCAGCUUAGAGAUUGAAGCACUACAGAAUUAGCGAGACUGUUAUGUCAUGGUAAUGUUGUGUUAAUAGAUAAGCCCAAACACAGUCAAUACUUUAUUCUAAUAAGUAGAGCUUAGGUAGGUUGACAUUACUUUGAACUUCAUUCAGUACACAGUGGAUAAAACAAUAAAUACUCUAAACGAUAUGAGGAUGAUCCUGACAUUCCAAUGACAAGAAUUGUCUUCCAUCCUUGAUAUUUUCUGGUCUCUGAAUUGAGACUGGUCUGACAAUAGUGCCCUUAAAGUGAAGAGUUGUCAAUGUUAAAUACAAACUUGAGUGGCCUGUGUUAGUAUAAUAUUGUCCAUUCGAACUACAAUAAAGUCAUGCCUGUGUUCUUGUCAAAUCCAGAGAUCUAUAUAUCUUUGCGCAUGUAUAUAGCUUGUGUACCUUGUGUAUGUCCUGUACAUUAUGUAUCUUGUGCCAUGAUACCCACCAUUGACACUGUGGAGAGUUGUACUGUUGCACCAUUGACACUGGAGAGUUGAACUGUUGCACCAUUGACACUGGAGAGUUGAACUUUUGCACUUUAGGCGGGGCACAUAAAUCUGUAUAAUAUCAUGAUUAAGGGCUUAAUUCAGUCAAACCCAUAUAAAAGCCACUACAGCCAGGGUGACCCCCCCCCCCUCCCCACUUUUCAGUGUGACCAUGGGUCAAUGUUGUAAAUGUAUAAAUAAACAUUUAUAUAGAGGUUUUGAAUGAAUUCCAGCCCAAGACUGACAGCAAUAAAGCAUGGCAUUUCCAUAA